GCUUGUGGCGUCAGUUAUUAUACCUCUGACAUCAGCACAAGCAACCAUGCGAGGGCUUUAAAAAAAAAGCGCUCAGAGCAGAAACCACAUCCCUGAGUUGGAAGAGAAGGUGAGCAACACAACAGAGCAAGGGAAGCGCCGCAUUCACAUAGAAGACGUUGUUAUUUCGGGACUUUCGCCAAACAAGGCUGUCUAUUACUUGCAUGAUCGAACUUUUUGUUUUUUAAAAUGAAUAAUAUUUGUGAAUUAACAAGAUCCUCUUUAAAGGGUGAAUUUAUUAUUUUUAUGUGAGACAUAUCUCACAGUGUUAUUGCUACAUAUUUUAAUUCACUUGCUUGGGAGUAUUAAGCACCAUGGAUAUUUACCUUUCGAAUUCAUCGUUGAAUUUGUCAGAGCUGGACACCAAACAACCAUCCACAGCAAACGGUACCUCGCCCUUGCCACUUCGCCUGGAGUCGCGCUCUGUGGUUACCCCCGCUACCAUGUUCACGGUGGGGGUUGUUGGAAAUCUUGUCGCUAUAGUGGUGCUCUGUAUCUCUAAAAAGGAACAAAAAGAGACCACGUUUUACACACUGGUCUGUGGUAUGGCACUCACAGACCUUCUGGGCACCUGUUUUACCAGUCCUGUUGUUAUCGCUACAUACGUUGCAAAGCAGUGGCCAGGCGGAGAACUUUUGUGUCACUUCUUUUCAUUUUCGCUGCUCUUCUUUGGUUCCGCUGGAAUGUCCAUACUUUGCGCCAUGGCAGUGGAGAGGUACCUCGCCAUAAACCAUGCGUACUUCUACUCUCAUCACAUAGAUCGGAUGAUGGCACGAUUUACACUUGUUGCGAUUUACUUAGCCAACAUUGUGCUGUGUAUUAUGCCAAGCUUCGGUUUCGGGAAACACGUGAAGCACUUUCCGGGUACUUGGUGCUUUUUAGAAUGGAGGGCAACGGAACCCCUAGCAGCCUCUUACUCCUUUGUAUACGGAGGAUUCAUGUUGAUACUCAUUGGAGUGUCUGUAGCGUGCAACCUCGCCGUCUGUAGAUCCUUGGUGCUCAUGAGCCAGAGAACAAGGAUAGUGAGAGCGGAGAUCUCCGGUCAAGGCGGUUCGGGAAGAAGGUUUCCAAAGCUACCACCUGUGUUUUCAGCUGCAGAAUUUCAGAUGUUUUGGCUGCUAAUAUUAAUGACCAUCGUGUUCCUGGUUUGUUCAAUCCCUUUAGUGGUGCGGAUCUUUGUCAAUCAGCUGUAUGGUCCGACCCACAUAUCUGAUGGAGGGAAACCCGACUAUCGCGGUGAUCUUCGGGCGAUACGUUUCGCCUCCUUUAACCCAAUCUUGGAUCCAUGGGUUUACAUCUUGUGCCGAAAAAACCUGCUGAUUAAGGGCUGUGAGAGGAUGAAGCGGUCUGUUGGGAAUGCCAAAGAAGCUCGUGCGCGUAAAGUGGGCUGGGUAAGCGGCCAGCGUACACCCCCUUCUUACGCCGCGAGCAACACCACCAGUUACGCAUCCCUGCGAAACGAUAAACAGGACGACGAGCAGAUUAUCACUAGGACUAAAUCAUUUACCGAUUUUACUGUGCAACAAACAUGGGACUUUGAAGCGUCACGACCUAACUUUCAUCCCUUCUGUAUCGAACAGAGUGCUGAUAUUGAUUUAGAGAAAAGUACAGCUGAUGUCUCUAAACCAGCAGAGGUGAAACCCAUAUUGUGUUCAAUUCUACAGGAAUCCCCUGUCCAUAUCGCUGGGGAUCAAGGGCAUCCGAGAUGCGGUCGGAGACCCGACGGCCAGCUUGAAAUUGUCACUUGUACCUUUAGUACCCCAACCUCUUGCAUCUCUGAAAAAUGUAUCUGAGAGUAUGUCUUGACCUGAAAAUACAUUUUUACAUAAAUUAACAAUUGAAUGUCCGUAUUGAUUCCCCACAACUCAUUUGAUGCCUUCACUGCAAAGCAACAGAGAAUUAAUUGGAAUACUGUACAACUAUAUUGUAUACAACGAAAUGGCUCCUAGUAUGUCAUUUCAGGUAUCCUACUGUGUCCAUUUACCUUGUGCAGGAUGCCUUUGCUAAUGACCAGUGUGGCCAGUGACACGAUAUGCUUCUGAGAGGUGUCAGUGAAGACUAAAUUAAUGUUCGUAUAAAAUAUUUCAACAUUUUCUUUGAGUUUGGUGGUUGAUUAUAAAAAUUGCUAUUCUUGAACACCAGGGUAGUUUUUCCUGCUGGAAAUUUCCCUGAGUUGUUCUGUACGGCAAUCGGCACUGAUGUGUAAUGGCAAAACAUUGGUUGUUGGAAGUUCAGUGUUAUGGCAACACACAUUAAACUGUGAACUUGGGGAACGUGGAUAUGCUUUAGGUUAAAGGCUGAAUUUAGUUGUUUAUAGAUUCAACAAGCACUCCAGCCAUCUGGAAUUAAUCAAGGACUAUUUUCUGAGCACAUGCUACAGGUUUGUUUUUGAAUUGUGAAAUAUGAAUAAUUGUUUACCGAUAGUUGG